GAAUAGCUGGGAUUGGACUGUAAAUAGGUGCAAUCAUACUGGUCUGCUGGUCUUCUGGCCAGAAUUCCUAUUGAUGAUAUUAUUAAUCAUUUUUUUUAAAAGUCUUUUUUGCCUUUUAUCUUAUAGAGCCAUUCGAUACUUUUACGUCUGCUUACUCCUGUUAAUCUUUCUUGUUUUAAAAACUUAUUAAAUCUAUCAUGGCUAAUAAAGAUGUUAAGUAUAUCGAAUUAAUAACAGCAAUACUACAAAAUAUUGUCAGCGAAGAGAAUCGUGUAAAUUGGGACGAAUUCCUCAUUCAAGCAAAAGACCUGAUCGUCAGCAGCUACACAGGUGGUAACUUGAACACGUUUAAGGGGGUAUGGAAGCGAAAAUUCCAGAUAGCACUUGAUAACUUGGACUAUAAAUUAAGAAAAGAUUCUGGCAAUAGAAAUGUAUGGCAAUCAAUCUCUGGCGAACUAAAGAUGAUUAGAGAUUCACCGUCUGUUUACUCAGCCAUAACUCCAUCGUCAUCAAAAAGCUCUGAGAAAUCAUCUUCAAUUAAUAGCAAGCAUAAUACCUUGGUUUCCACUGAAACAAAAGCUAGACUAAUUGAAAAGAUUAGUCAACUAAAUGAUCAUAGCAAAUGGAGACUAUCGAGUGGAAAAUUUGUAGAAGAUGCAGUUUGUCUAGUCAUUGAUAAAUGUCAAUACGAGCAUCCUGCUUUUUCUUUCAUUGUUGAUACUUCGGAUCUUAUUUGGAAAAAAGUCUUUACCAAAGAAGAACUUCGUGAAAUCAAAAAUUACAAAGCGCCAGUUCUUCCCAGUAUUGAUGAAGAUGUAAAAAACUACUUAACCUCAUUUGAUCAAGACGUAUUUAAGAAAGCUAAAGAUUUUUAUGAUCACGCCUUCGAAAGUAAAUUUGAGUUUGGUACUAGCAAAACCAAAAGAUGGAUUCAAAAAUCUGUCAUUGAAGUUGCUGAAGUAUUCGAAGACGACGAAAGAAUUGAGUUAAGCGACUUUUCUGAAGGCGAUCUUUCCAACAAAAUAUGGCAGUUCGUAUUUAAGUGCUUUAAAGAGAGUCAUGUUGAUGCCAAAUUAGGCGAAAGAGUCAGCACAGCUUCUUCAUUAGGAAGAAAUGAAAGUAGAGGCUUGGAGGGAUUAGGUAGAAGGGAAAGAAAGGUCACCGGGGUAAAGGUUGACAUCUUGUUCAAGGCUGGCCGCCACGAAGUAGGAUGUUGUGAAGUUGGGAAGGAAGACGUGCUUCCUAUAGACGACAAGUAUUUAGAUGAUGGUAUGAUGAAAUUACCAAAGACCUUAAGGGAUAUGCUCUCAAGAUUAGUUAACGCUAACCCUAUAAAGGUCAACAGCUUGUAUACUGUCGGCUUUCUGAUGAUGGGUCUUGAUCUAGAGCUUUUAAUCAUGGACAUUCCUUCUGGAAACACCAUUACCAGAAUCUCUCGAACAAAAAAACUUCCCUUCCCAGAUCAGGCUUCAAAUAUCGGUAUUGAUCUUACCGCUUUGCUGGAAACAGUGUUGAUUGGAAGAAAGUUGAUGGAAGAUGUUGAAGCUUUGAUUAGUUGUAGUAGAAAAAGAAAACCCGUAGAAUUAAAUAAUGACGAUUCUGAAGAUGAGGCCGCUGCUCCAUUCCUCUCCCAUUCUUUUAAUAUCAAGUAAUAUUAUUUAAAUUUUAUCUUUGCAUUCUUUUUUCUGUCCUAUAAUUCAUGCCAAUAAAGCUGUGGGUGAGGAUUAAUAAAAAAUAAAAGCGCGGCUCGGAGAGCUUGUAUGACAUUUUCAGUCUUCGCUUCAUCAACUUAAGUAUUCAUGCGACACUCUUUUUUCUUAUUUCA